AAUGCCGUUGCUAGGAAACCGCCGACCGACGUCGUCCACAGCCCGCUUAAAAACCGGGAGUUUACGGAUUUAACAAAAUGUCGUCCGGGGAGAACAUUAUUCAACGUUCGUUUUCGAUAAUUGAUCAGGACGACGACGAUGAAAGUGCCGGUCCAAAGGGACCGGAACAGUACGCGCUUAAAACGGGUCAUGAAUCGGAUGAUUGGAGUCAGAAAAGCACUAGAAAGCCGGAGGCGUUACCGCGUCAACGAGUGCCGAGCGCGGGGCCGUCGAAGAAAACGGCGCUGCCCAAAGGACGUAAGAGCUUGAACUCGAGCGAUAGCGAAGAGAGCGAAGACGGCAGUGUGCGCAAGACGCUGCCGGGACAGUACGAUCCCAAGAUGUACGACGACUUGAUUGUGGAUGACGAUGUUCGAGCCGUCUUUCAAUACAUCGUAAAGUACACUCCACAACAUUUGAACAUCGAAUACAAGUUUAAACCGUUUGUGCCGGAAUUUUUGCCCGCCGUAGGCGAUAUUGACGCGUUCCUGAAAAUUAUCCCUCCAGAAACUACAUUGUCGGGGGACGUGUACGACGAAAACGGGCUCCAGCUGGGAUUGCUCGUUCUCGACGAACCCGCCGCGAAUCAGAGUGACCCCGCUCUGCUUCAGUUGCAGCUCAGGGCCGCCGCCGACGCCGACGUUUUGACAGUUAGCGACAACAAUGAAGAUGUGGUGGUGAAAAAAAUCGACAACACUGAAAAGAACUCUAAAGUGAUUGAAAAAUGGAUCAAAGACAUAUCGCAUUUGCACAGAAGCAAAUCGUCUCCAAUUGUCAGAUACUCUCAGCCCAUGCCCGACCUGGACGAUUUGAUGCAAGAGUGGCCCGAGGACGUCGAGAAGCGCCUCAAAGAGGUUGGCUUCCCUAAACCGCGCGCGGACAUGCUGUUGGGCGAGUACGUGGACACCGUGUGCGGCUACUUCGACAUCCCGAACUGCUACAGAAAACCCACAAACAGGAGGAAACGAUCAAAUCUCUGAAAAGAAGAAAAUUGGAAUGCUUUGGCCACGUAAUCAGAAGACCUAAAUAUGCGAGGCUACAGGACAUUAUAGAAUUAAAGAUCAAGGACAGAAGGAGAAGCUCUUUGCUCAAAAACCUACGGGAAUGAUUUGGAAUGACAUCAAACCAACUAUUCAGAGCAGCUGUUAACAAGAUUAGGAGAGGAACGAGAAGAAGAAAAACAUUCUGAAGCCCGGUAGCCAGAAUUGUAAAUAUGCAACAUGUCUACUACCAAGUUGCAAGAAAUUUGGCCGAUAAAAUUACCAUAUUAAUACUUAAUAUCACGCAGGAAACAUCUCAGUGGAAAAAAUGUCUCGUCCAUUCGUGCCAAGGAAAUUUAACCAGGGAAAUUAGAAACUAUUAUAAAACAAGCCAGUAAACAAUUUGUAUUUCAAGAUGUAUAACCUAAAUUUGCCCUAAAUAUAAGAAAAUUGCAUUAAUAUAAUUAGUAUAUACAGAUUGGAUUUUAUCCAUUUUUAUCGAUAUUUAUCAAUUUUCCUUAUGCACGCACAAGUUAUAUGCGUAGUAAAAAGAUUUUUGCAUAAGAUUUAGCCAUUUGACACUAACAAACAUCAAAAUGUGUUUCUCGUAUCGAAAUUUCCUUUAAAAACAAAAUUCGACCAAAAUAAUUCAGCCUAUUUCGUUCAAAAACAAAAAUAUUCUUUAUCCGUACUGACACAAACUUUCAUAACGUCUUUGGACGCCCUAAGCUAAUAUAAAUUUUACCCAGUACAAUAAACUAUUCACAAAAUUAAUUUUGUUUAGUACACGUUUAUCUCGUGCAUGCAUAGUUUCGCAUGUUCAAACGCAGUUUCCUCGCACUACACUCCAAGGGACCCGAAUAUAUAGGUGAACAAGCAUUACGUAAGAACAUAGAUAAUAGCGUGCAAGAAACAUUACAACUCAAUUAAUCAUAACUCUUCAAGUAUGGAAAAUUGGAUGCCAGAACACCGCGUAGUUGUAAAAAAAAGUAAUAUAUAUUUUUUGAUAUUAAAUAUAUCACCAAUAGAAAUUUCAUAUAAAUCUUCGAUGCAAAGUUUUGAAAAAAAAAUACAAUCCAAAGAGGCAAUUUAAUUAAUUUAUUAAUUAUUUAAUUAAUACCUGUUGCCGCUUCUAUAUAAACGUCGCUUCAUCUUGCUUAAUUUAAAUGGCAUCGCCUGUAUAUUAUCGUCAAAUCAUUUUUAGAUUCUAGGCAAGAAACCGUCCUUUCGAAGAAAGUUGCGCGCACAGACAAAACGAACUUCGUAAAACCUCUUUUUCAUUUAACUUUAGUUUCUUCUCAACCAUCUUGCCUUUUUUCGAAACUCAAAAAUCAAUUUAAUAAGUUCCAACAAUUUAAAAGGUCAUACUUUAUUAGAUUUUAUUAGAUUAUUAUAAUUCAAGCGGAUGGCCGAACAAGAAGAAAACUACUAAUUAAACAAAAAUGAGAUUUUACGAAAUUUAUUCGUGCGAAACUGUCUUCGAAAUCAAAAUUGGGUUAGUUUCUUUCCUAGAAUUAGUAAAUUGAGCUGUGCUAUUUAAAAAAAUUCAAUAAACCGUGUUUCUAGAAAACCCGCACAUAACGCCCUGU